AUGGUGAGUCAUUACAUACAUGAAGAUGUGAUGAUUGAGAUUCUUGUAAAAUUACCAGUCAAAUCUUUGUUGCGAUUUAAGUGUGCCUCCAAAUCUUGGUCCUCUCUCAUUACAAAUCCCAGUUUCAUAGCCAAGCAUCUCACUAACAAGAAGGAAAAUGGUUGCCUCUUCAUUCAUAGCAUUGAACCCAAAGAUACAAAUAACUUUCCCAGAAAAUAUACCUUUGCUGUGUGUCAUGACAAAUCCCUCACGGUUCCAGUAUUUGAAUAUCUUGGUCUAAAGUUGAAUGCAAAAGUGCACGUUAUGGGUCCUUGUAACGGCAUUUUUUGUCUCUUAACCAAUUGGGAUUCUGUAGCUCUAUGGAACCCAGCGAACAGAGAAUCCAGAACUCUUCCGACACAAACAUUCCCCAACUCCAUUCCUCCGAGAAUGGAACUCGAGAGAAAUGCUUUUGGGUUCAGGAUGGAUCCUUUCACUAGUGAUUAUAAAGUGGUGUUUCAAAACAUAUUGGAGCAGGAUGAACCGAUGUCAUUCAAAGGGAUACCAGAGCUAGGUUGCCCUCACCCAGGAACUAAUCUUAAAGGGGAGUUCCUCAUCCAAGGUGAGGACGGGCAUUUGUACUUGGUAGACCCUAUUACCCUUGAGAUGAAGGAUCUUCAAACUGUGGCUUCUCAGGCUAUUCUUUACCAUGAGAGCCUAGUUUCUGUUCAGAGAAGAGACGAAGAAUUUGAUCAUUCAUAUAUUACACUUCGUCUUAAGUUCGAUGUUUUCCGUGACUCGUACUGGGAUAAUCAAAUAGAUUCUGAUGUCACUUAUUCUAGCUCCGAUGAUGAUACUUAG